ACUUCUUCUUCUUCUUCUUCUUCUUCUUCUUGAGCAGACUGUUCAUUCCUAAUUUAUACUGCUUCUGCCAAAGAAAGACUAAGAGAAAUCAACCAGAUACUUAACCGUCAAACAACCCAUUCCAAAUACCACAACAUUCUCGUCCCACCCCCCUAACAACCACGUCACUUUGAACGUAUCCUUUCAGAGACAUCCCUAACAGACAAGUUUUUACUUCUUAAAUCCAACUUUUUGCUCUCCAGCAAAUAACCACAUUCGUUUAUAGAUUUUUUUCCGUUCAAGUUAAACCAAGGCUGUUUGAAUGAUAUUUACCAUUCCAUCCUUGUACUAAAAAAGAACCACUAACAUACACACUGAAUCAGAGUAUAAUUUCAAUAUAAUACUCGAUUCAACUUCAUUCGCUUAAUCGUUUAUUUAAUUCAACAUACAGCUAGUUGUCACUUUAUUUACAUUGGCAACCCUUUCAGUUUCAGAUUUUUUUUUUGUUUUGUUUCACAUCAUCAGUCAAACAUAAACAAACAAACAAACACACAAAAAAAAAACAUACACCAAAAAUUCAGGAUUUGCUUCCGCCAAUUACAAACAUUAAUUACACGUCCUAAAACACGUCAUACCUUACAGUAUAACCAUACAACUUUGCAUAAUAACCAUUCAGGUUGACAAUUCAAAUAUUCACGCAACUCAAUCAUGAAGUCGUUUAAAUCUAAAUCAACUGUCAAUGAUGAAAAUCAAGUAUUGAGCAAUCAAAUCAAGGCAAAGUCACAUACAACUUCCAAUGGACCAAUUGCUUCGAGCACUCAACAACUGCAACAGCAUGUAUACGUAUCAUCACAAUAUAGAGAAGCGUUAAGUGAUGUUACGGCACAAGAAAAUCUCCAUUAUCAACAUGGAGGAUCCAAACCAUCACAAUCACAAUCGCGGGGUUUACAUCAACCGACUUCGUCCCAGGGUACCAAAAUUUCCAUAUUUAAGCAGCUGAAUCUCCAUCAAUUUAAGAAACCACGAUUGGAGAGACUGUCUGUUCACACUGGUGCCGACAAUGAAGACGAUAAAGAGAAUUUUUACGAUGAUAUAAUAGAUACAAAAGAAAACGAUGUAGAUCAGCAGCAUGAAAGAGAUAUGCAGACUAACUUUGAUAUAUCGCAGGAAGACCAAUAUGAUGAAGAUGCAUUAUUGUUUGAACAUGCUAGUGAAAAAUUAAUAACUAAUUCUGAUAGUGUUGACGAUAUUGAUAUCAGUCAACAUGUUAUUGACAAAAACGAACUAGAUAGUGAAGAUGAAGAGUUAGAAUAUCAGAAGCCCGACGAAGAUGAACUAGAUACCCAAGAGCAAUCCUUGAGAUCACCAUUCAAUACUCAUAUCCCCAUGCAGCCAACUUGGACUCCUUCAAUUAUCGCUGAAAUGAGGCGAGUCGUACAUAAGUAUUCGCGUGAUACUUUAGAUGAAGAUGAUGAAGACACAUAUGAUCCGGCAAUGGUUGCAGAGUAUGCUCCCGAAAUUUUCAACUAUCUUCAUGAACUAGAAAAUAAAUUGGCACCUGAUGCCAACUAUAUGGACAACCAAGAUGAAUUGAAAUGGGAAAUGAGAUCAGUAUUAAUAGACUGGGUUGUCCAAGUCCACCUGAGAUUCAAUUUACUUUCCGAAACCUUAUUUCUCACUGUUAAUUAUAUUGACCGGUUCUUAUCCAAACGUAAAGUUUCAUUAUCACGAUUCCAAUUAGUUGGAGCAGUUGCAUUAUUUAUUGCUGCCAAAUAUGAAGAAAUCAAUUGUCCCACAGUUCAAGAAGUUGCUUAUAUGGCCGACAAUGCUUAUACUAUAGACGAAUUCCUUAAAGCAGAACGAUUUAUGAUUGACGUAUUAGAAUUCGAUAUGGGAUGGCCCGGACCAAUGUCAUUCUUGAGAAGAACAUCAAAAGCCGAUGAUUACGACUACGAAACUAGAACAUUAGCCAAGUACUUCCUAGAAAUCACAAUCAUGGAUUCUAAAUUUGUUGCCUCGCCACCAAGUUGGUUGGCAGCAAGUGCUCAUUAUUUAUCACGCAAAUUAUUGAAUCGGGGAGAAUGGACCGAAUUACAUGUAUUUUAUAGCGGAUAUACUGAACGUCAAUUACGUCCAGUUGCUGAAAUUUUAUUGGAAAGCUGUCGUCAUGCUGAGACGAACCAUAAGGCAAUUUUCGAAAAGUACCUGGAAAGAAGAUACAGACGAAGUUCAAUUUUCGUUCAAGAAUAUUUUGAUUCUCUUUGAUCUUAAAGACAAAGUAGAGAUCUGUAUAAUAGAACAUUUAAAAUAGUUCAAAAAUCUACAAUUUAAAAUUAG